AUGUCAGAUUCUGCAGGCUCAGGAUCUGGAAAUGGAUCAGGUGCUGGAGGAGGUAAUGGUGAUAGUGGAAGUGGAAAUGGCUAUUACAACAACGGAUAUAAUGAUUCAUAUUACCUGAAUAACAACUAUAGAGGUUCUUAUAGAGGUGGUUCAAGAGGUGGAUACAGAGGUAGAGGAGGUUAUGACGGGUAUAAUAAUUCAUAUAACUCAUAUCGAGGCGCUAGUAGAGGUGGAUAUCGUGGUGGUCAUUAUUCGGGUGGCGGAGGUAGAAAUACUUCAACUUAUAUUGGAUCUGGAAGUAGAACUGAAAAUGAUAAAGGUGAUACCAAUGAUGAAGAAGUGAAUACUGAUAAUCCUCAUUCUGCUGCUGCUGCUCCAAAUGGCGAUGAUUAUAAUAAUAACUAUGAUGAUGGGUAUUCCUAUAAUGAUUCUUAUAGAGGUGGAGGAUAUCGUGGUAAUAAUUAUCGUGGAAGUGGUAGAGGUAGAGGAGGAUAUCGUGGAGGAUAUCAUAAUCAUAAUUCAAGUCAUCAUGAUACAUAUAGUGUGGAUAGUAAUUCUUCAAGUGGUACACCAGUUCAUACUCGAGAUAGAAUUCAUAAUCCAAGUGAAUCAAGUCCAUCUACUAAACCAUCAACAAGAGGAUUUAAUAAUCCUUGGAUUGGGAUAUUACAAAUCGAUUCUGAAAAAGUUCAAGAUACUUUAGAAUCAAAUUAUAAUGAUCUUACCAAUGUUAAUAAAGAAAUAUUAGAACUUCAAAAAUCAAGAAUAAAAUUAGAAAAUUCAAUGGUAUAUCUGGAAAAUCAAUUAGAAAGAGAAGCUUUGAAUGUACAGUUAACCAAUGAGAAGUUAGAAGAAUAUACUUAUUUGUGA